CGUCACCCAGUGCCAACUGCCAGCCAACGGGGCUCUGUGGUCGGGCUGCUCUCUAUCUUUCUAUGGGAGGAAAAGCACUUUUCUCCGUCCCCGCGGCCUCCGUACAUUUUUUUUCAUAGUGAGUACGUGAAACAUACAUCAACUACGAGUAACGGGCCUUCGGCCGUUGCUUUUUAACGUAACGCGCGCGAUUCUCCAUAAGAUUGGCCAUCAAUCUCGCGUCAAUCUUCUCGUUGAUUUGCGAGAGAGAGACAGAGAGAAAGAAAGAAAGACAUCGAGAGGAGCUAAUAAUCGUCUAUUGUCAGUAAACAAGAGAGCGAGAGAGAAAGAUAGACGGAGAUCUGAGUCAUUCGUUAGUUAACUCAUACACAGCACAGUCGACGUCACAUAAUCGCAGCUAUAAAUAUGUUUAUUUGGGAUUGGUUCGCCGGAGUGCUGAAUUAUCUCGGACUAUGGAAGAAGAGUGGCAAACUUCUCUUCCUAGGUUUGGAUAAUGCGGGUAAAACUACGUUACUUCAUAUGCUCAAGGAUGAUCGUUUAGCUCAACAUGUACCUACAUUACAUCCAACAUCUGAAGAAUUGUCUAUCGGAAAUAUGAGAUUUACAACUUUUGAUCUUGGAGGUCAUACUCAAGCACGUCGCGUAUGGAAGGAUUAUUUCCCAGCUGUUGACGCAAUAGUAUUUCUCGUCGACGCAAGUGACAGAACAAGAUUACCAGAAUCAAAAGCCGAGUUAGAUGCGUUGUUAACUGACGAGCAACUUAGCGCGUGUCCGGUUCUCGUACUAGGCAAUAAAAUUGACAAACCAUCCGCAGCUUCUGAAGAUGAACUCAGAAACUUCUUUAAUCUGUACGGACAAACAACAGGAAAGGGUAAAAUUGCUCGCAGUGAAAUACCCGGCCGUCCACUGGAACUGUUUAUGUGCUCAGUUCUGAAGCGGCAGGGAUAUGGGGAAGGCUUCCGUUGGCUUGCACAGUACAUCGAUUGAACGUACAUAUUAUUAUACACAUGACAGAUUCUCAACAGUUUCAUCAUUUCCUUUUCCUAUGGUACCGGUAUCGCUACUGGAAUCUU